AUGUCCCCCUGGAUGUCCCCAAUGUCCCCCCACUGUCCCCCCGUGUCCCCAGUUGACCUCAGCAGCUGGCGGGCGCGGCUGGAUCGGGUGGAGCAGCGUCCUGAGGAGGAGGAGGAGGAGGAGCCGGAAGUGGGCGUGGCUGAGGAUGCAGAUGAGGAUGAGGAGGGGUCGGGGGGCGUGGCCCCGCCCCGGAAGUGGGAGCGGUACCGGCACGGCGUGCUGACCCUGGGCUGUGUCGGGCUGCCGAACGCGGGGAAGUCGUCGGUGCUGAACGCUCUGCUGGGGCGCAGCGCGGUGGGCGUGUCCCGCGCCCCCGGCCGCACCCGCUACUUCCAGACCCAUUUCCUGACGGCCUCGGUUCGGCUCUGUGACUGCCCCGGCCUCGUCUUCCCCUCCCGCGCCCCGCCCGAGCUCCAGGUCCUGGCAGGGCUGUACUCUCAUCCACCAGGGGUGGG